AUGGCAUAUCCGUUGGCCAACGUGGGCACCUUCAUCUUCACCGCCGGGGCAGAAGCAUUUUGGUGGGACCCGGGAGAGUUCAGCCCCAUCACGCCCUCACAGGGGCUGGCGGUGGAUCCCGCCGUGCUGCUCGUCGCGGUGGGCGUCCUCAUCUUCCUCAUCACCUUCUGCGGCUGCGUCGGCUCCUUGCGGGAGAACAUCUGCCUGCUGCAGGCGUUCUCCGUCUGCCUGACCAUCGUCUUCCUCCUGCAGCUGGUGGCUGGUGUGCUGGGCUUUGUCUUCUCCGAUAAGGCCCGUGGGAAGGUCAGUGACAUUGUCAACGCCGCCAUCGUGCAUUAUCGGGACGACCCGGACCUGCAGAACCUCAUCGACUUCGGGCAGAAGGAGUUCAGCUGCUGCGGGGGGGUCUCCUAUAAGGAUUGGUCCCAGAACAUGUACUUCAACUGCACCCCCGCCAACCCCAGCCAGGAGCGCUGCUCUGUCCCCUUCUCCUGCUGCCUGCAGGACACCCACCAGGCCGUGGUGAACACCCAGUGCGGAUGGGGCGUGCAGGCCCGUGGCUACCUGGAGGCCGGCGCCGUCAUCUACACCAGUGGCUGCGUCGACACCCUGGGCAGCUGGAUCCACGGCAACCUGCUGCUGUUGGGGGGCAUCGCCCUGGGGCUAGCCCUCCCCCAGCUGGUGGGCAUCCUGCUGGCUCAGAUCCUCAUCCGCCAGAUCAAAGACCAGAUCAAGCUGCAGCUCUACAACCACCAGCACCGGGCAGACCCCUGGUACUGAGGCCCCAGCGUGGCAGCAGCUCGGGGAGCCGUGACCUCAACGGUGAUUUUUUUUUUUUUUUUUCCCCC